AUGUCCACAAUGGAUCGGAAGAUCAUCGAUUUAGAUAUAGGAUGGACCUAUAUGCAGAAGGGAAUUACUAAGCUGAAGAGAAUUCUUGAAAGAUUACCAGAACCUCCCUUCUGCUCUGAGGAAUACAUCAUGCUAUACACAACCAUUUAUAAUAUGUGCACUCAGAAGCCACCUAAUGACUUCUCACAACAGCUUUACGACAAAUACAAGGAUGCAUUUGAUGAAUAUAUUAAAAUCACUGUUUUGCCAUCUCUAAGAGAGAAACAUGAUGAGUUCAUGUUGAGGGAACUGAUAGAAAGAUGGUUAAAUCAUAAGGUCAUGGUUCGGUGGCUUUCACGGUUUUUUUUCUAUCUUGAUCGCUACUUCAUUGCCCGACGCUCCCUGCCUGGACUGAGGGAAGUAGGGCUCAUCUGCUUCCGUGAUUUGGUUUAUAUGGACAUUCGAGCCAAUACUAGGAAGGCUUUGAUAACACUUAUUGAUAAGGAACGUGAGGGUGAACAAAUUGAUAGAUCAUUGUUGAAAAAUGUUAUUGAUAUAUUUGUUGAGAUUGGUUUGGGCGAAACAGAUCAAUAUCAAAAGGAUUUUGAGGUACAUAUGCUUCAGGAUACUGCUGCUUACUACAAAAGUAAGGCUACAGACUGGAUUGAGAUUGAUUCCUGCCCAGAUUAUAUGCUUAAGGCUGAGGAUUGCUUGAGAAGGGAGAGGGAUAGAGUGGCUCAUUAUUUACACUAUAGCACUGAGCAGAAAUUGAUAGAGAAAGUGCAACACGAGUUGCUGGUGACUCAUGCAAAUCAAUUACUUGAGAAAGAGAACUCUGGUUGCCGUGCCUUACUUAGAGAUAACAAGGUGGAUGAUCUCUCUCGGAUGUAUAGGCUUUACCAUAAAAUACCUAAAGGCUUGGAUCCUGUUGCUAAUGUAUUCAAGCAGCAUAUUACAGCUGAGGGUACUGCAUUGGUCCAACAAGCUGAAGAAGCUGCUAGCAAUCAGGUCCUAGUCAGAAAGUUCGUAGAGCUCCAUGACAAAUAUAUAGCAUUUGUUAAUGACUGUUUUAUGAAUCACACAUUGUUCCACAAGGCAUUAAAGGAAGCAUUUGAGAUAUUCUGCAAUAAAACUGUUGCUGGUAGUUCCAGUGCUGAGCUAUUAGCUACAUUCUGUGACAAUAUCCUUAAGAAAGGUGGAAGUGAGAAGCUCAGUGAUGAAGCAAUUGAAGAAACCCUUGAGAAGGUAGUCAAGUUGCUCGCAUAUAUCAGUGAUAAGGACCUCUUUGCAGAAUUUUACAGGAAGAAGCUUGCCCGAAGAUUACUUUUUGACAGGAGUGCCAAUGACGACUAUGAAAAGUGUAUUUUGACGAAGUUAAAGCAGCAGUGUGGCGGCCAGUUCACAUCAAAAAUGGAGGGAAUGGUGGUAGAUUUGGCAUUGGCUAGGGAUAAUCAGAUGAAAUUUGAGGAAUAUCUCCGUGAUAACUCACAUGCAAACCCUGGAAUUGACCUGACAGUAACUGUUCUUACCACAGGAUUUUGGCCUAGUUAUAAGUCUUAUGAUCUCAACCUUCCCUCAGAGAUGAUCAGGUGCUUGGAAGUUUUUAAGGGGUUCUAUGAAACAAAGACAAAACAUAGAAAACUUACUUGGAUUUACUCACUGGGAACAUGCCAUGUCAUUGGCAAGUUUGAAGUAAAAAACAUUGAACUAGUUCUGGCAACCUAUCCGGCUGCUGCCCUACUCCUAUUCAACGAUGCUGAUAGGUUGAGCUAUUCAGAGAUUAUGACUCAAUUGAACUUGGCCCAUGAAGACAUUGUUAGAUUGCUCCAUUCCCUGUCAUGUGCGAAAUAUAAGAUACUUGUGAAAGAGCCAAACAAUAAAGUUAUAUCUGAAAAUGACGUCUUUAAGAUCAACUACAAAUUUACGGAUAAAAUGAGAAGGAUAAAGAUCCCUCUACCACCAGCCGAUGAAAGGAAAAAGGUAAUUGAAGAUGUUGACAAAGAUAGGCGAUAUGCCAUUGAUGCAUCAAUUGUGCGAAUUAUGAAGAGUAGGAAAGUUUUGGGUCAUCAACAACUAGUUUUGGAGUGUGUUGAGCAGUUGGGCCGCAUGUUCAAGCCUGAUAUCAAAGCAAUCAAGAAGAGGAUCGAAGAUCUCAUCACUCGGGAAUACCUGGAAAGGGACAAAGAUAAUCCAAACAUCUUCAGGUAUCUGGCGUGA